AUGGCCAGGGCCAGGCUCUUUGUUGACGUGAGGCAACCCCUGCCUGCGACUAUUGAUUUCAAGGCGCACCAGUGGCAGAGCGACGCAGGUGCUGAGCAGGUGUUUCCGGCCGGUUGUCGAAGAGGCUCAACCACAGCCCGCCUGCGUUCCAUGGAGUCCCUCUUCAACAAGGCGAGGCGGGGCGAUGCAAAGCACGGCAGGGCUCGGGGGGGCGUGUUCGCAAACGCCGCAUCCACCACAUAUGGACCAUCCCCGGCAUUAGGGAACAGGAACCAAAAGCGGGCAGACAGCCGCACAGACGACCAGCUCGCACACCCUCACAUGGACAAGGGCCGCGGGCAGGUCUAUGCCCCAAAGACGUUGGGCGCGCCCUCGAAUAGACUCAUGGGUGGGAUAUCGCCCAACAAGGUCCGUGACGUGCCGUUGUCAAACUGCUGCAAGGCGUCGAUCGUUGGCGCGCAUCCUCAAUCCCAGCCCUGA